AAACAACAACAACAACAACAACAACGAGAUGACACGGAGACAGAGACAACAAGAGGAAGAAGAGGAGGAGGAGAAGAGGAGGAAGAAGGAGGGAGGAGAGGAAGAGGAGGGGGAGAGGUACAUAGUUAGGUGGGAGAGUGGGUCCCCUCCCCCCCCCAUCCCUGACAUCAAUUUUGCUUCUCUUCUUCUCUCCAUUAUUGGUCAACAUGGGGAAAAGAAAGCACUGGUCGACGCAGCCACCGGAAAGCACCACACGUACAGCGACAUAUGUGCAGUGGUGCCGCGGGUGUGUGCAAACCUGAAGGCGGCAGGGGUGGCGGCAGGGGAUCGAGUGAUGGUCCUGUCACCAAACCACAUCGACUUCCCCAUUGCAUCUCUGGCCAUCCAGCUGCUCCCUGCCACAUGUGUCCCAGUCAACCCUGCCCUCUCCCCUGAGGAGGUGGCGCAGGUGGUGAAGAUAAGUGGAGUGCGUUGGGCGGUGGUGGAGGAGGGGGUGGUGGGGCUCCUGGAGAGGGUACGCCCACUCCUCUCCCACGCCCUCAAGCAAGUGUGGGUGAUCGGCUCCUCCCCCUGUCACCCGUCCCUGUCACACCUGAUGCGCAGUGAGGCUGGCAAUGCUGAGGAUUCCCCACGCAGUCCUGGCAACAUUGCAGCCCUUAUGCCCUUCUCCUCCGGCACCACAGGGCUACCGAAGGGCGUCCUGCUGCCUCACCGCUCCCUGGUCACCGUCGUAAUGCAGAACAAGUGUCUGAGAGCACUGUCUGAGCAACCAAACAUUCGCACCACCGCGCUGAGCCAAGUUCUUGUGACUCUUCCUCUGUUCCACAUAUACGCCAAUAAUAUCACGAUCGCAACACUCUUAGCGGGGGGGACAGUGGUUCUCAUGGCCAAGUUCUCCCUGGCUGACUUCCUCGGGGCAAUAGAAAGAUAUAAGAUCACCUACGUCCCUAUAGUUCCUCACAUUGCGAAUUACAUGAUUCACUCGCCUCUCCUGAAGAAGUAUAACCUUGACUCUCUCAUGACCAUCGCCUCUGGGUCAGCUCCCAUCACACCCACCACGGCACGGACUCUCACUGAAAAGACAGGGCGCGGCAUUGGAGUUGGGUACGGCUUGACAGAAACUUGCGCCACAGUCAGCAUCAACAGCCCUAUAGUUGGAAUGAAGCCUGGGAGUGUGGGGCGCAUUUUGCCUUACGUGGAGGUGAAGAUAGUCAGUGAGGGGACAAAACACGCAUUACCACGAGGGAAGGAGGGUGAGGUGUGGGUGAGGGGGCCCGGGGUGAUGCUGGGAUACGCCCCUACCCCCACCCACCCAACACACCCCUGGGGACUGGAGGAGGGGGGCUGGCUACCCACGGGGGACCUGGGGUAUUGUGAUGAAGAAGGCUUUUUGUUCAUCACUGAGAGAAUUAAAGAUGUUAUGAAGGUGAAGGGCUUCCAGGUGGCGCCAAGUGAGGUGGAGGCAGUACUGCAGGAGAUGGAGGGGUAGCGGAGGCAGCCGUGGUGGGGGUCCCCUCUCCCCGCCUGGGUGAAGCCCCCCGUGCCUAUAUUGUACCCGCCCCAGGGGUCCCCGCCCCAUCCCCCGAGGCCCUGCAGGAGUACGUGGCGGCACGCCUGGCCCGUCACAAACACCUGGCUGGCGGAGUGGAGUUUGUUAAGGCUCUUCCUAAGAACUCCAUAGGGAAGGUUCUGAAGAGACAGCUGCGCGAGACCUAUCUGAGCGCCGCCAAACCACGCGACGCAGGGAAA